GAGGGUUUCGUCAGCCACGCCCCAUGCUCUCAGGGGCUCAGUUAGCGUUCCUCCUGCCAUGGCAACUGGGUUUGUCGAGCGUGGGCGGGUCUCAGCCGCCCGGCGCAUCCUGUGAGGAGCCAGUCUCUCCCCCCCUCCCUCUACUACAGCUCUAGUUUAUGCUUACCCGGCUGGCGGGCGGGAGAGACGGGCGCUCCGAUGUCCCCGCGCAAGGGGCUGUUGUGCAUUGUGGAGCUUCACAUCCGUACGAUCACAUGUCCAGGAAUUACCCUGAAACUCAAAGAUGACCUCUACAUCAGUGCUUUUGUGUUUGGACGAUAUAAAAAGACUUCACAUAUUCCUGCAGUAUUUCCUCUUACAUUUGAUGAAAAACUAGUGUUUGAAAAGAUAUACACAGAUGUAAUUGACCCUGGAGACCUUGUUGAACGAUUUGAAUUUGAUACAGUAGUGGUUGACUUAAUACAGACUACUCCUCCAGUGGGAGAAAUUUUAGCCACAUAUGAAGAAAAUUCAAGAGAUUUCCUUUUCCCUGACCCUAAAGUUACUCAUGGAGCACACAGUUCAAUUCGUGAAGUUUUGAUGAAAAGGACUUGUGGUUUUAUGGGAAUUGCUCCAAAAUUGAGGUUUUAUACAAAUUGUCUCAUUUCUGAAAGCCUGUUAAAUUCAGGAAAAAAUAAAAAACAGGAUAACUUGGAUUGGCAGCAACACUCCCCUCAAAAUGGAGCAUCUCAGACAAGGUCACCCCAAAAGAACACUCCUUCACCUGAGAGAAACAAAUAUUGCUUAGCAACCAAGAGUUAUGAGCAGCCCACUAUAGCCUCUCUCUCUCGAUCUCCAUCUCCAUAUACAAAAAGGCGCAUGUGUGAGCUUGUGCAAGUCAGACAACGCCUUGCCCAUCUAAACCUAGGCCCAUUUGAAUUCAGAAAAGAGUCAGACAGACCUCCAUUUGUAAUUCGGCGAAUAGAGGCUCUGACUCCCUCGCCUGAAGUUCACUUUUGGAGUCAUACGGAGAAUCUUAAAGAAGCUUGGUCUGAGACAUUCUAUGCUCCUACCCUUCUUGGCAGUUACAGACCCAAGAAUUCUAAAAUUAUCAGGGCACAUCGUGUGAAAGACUUCAGUGGUUUUUCUAACAAUGCUGAUGUCUCAUAUAUAGCUGAUAGGCAGUUCCAUUCAACUUGGCAUUCAGCUCCCCCAUCACUGCAAAAGUAUUCUUCAACUCCUGUUUUAAAUCGUUCAUCACUCAGAGACAGGUUUCAUUCUGGUUGGCUUACACCAAUUAACGGAGAAGAGAUCCAUAAGCGAGUGAAAAAUAUUUUAAGAACACAUAGUGCACGACAAAAGCUAACAUUUGAUGAGAGUUGUCUGUCAAAAGAAGAUUCUGCUAAGACAAGAGACUCCAGUAAGACAUUGAAUUCCAACCAGAAAGAUGUUUUCUGUAUAGGCACUUCAAACAGCAGUGAUCUUCAGAGUAGUUCAUCUAUACAGCAGAGCGUCAUGGUUCAUCUAGAUAACAGUGAAUAUUGGACCAGGAGAACUGCUGAAUACAAAAACAAACCCCACAGAGCAAUCUUUGAAGACAGUCUGGAGAAAAUCUAUCGUAACAUGUACAGAAAAGCUUCUGGCACUAUUUCAAAGAAUAAAUAAAUUCCUAAUAAUGGCACAGGUGAAAUUGAACAAUAUACAGAUCAUAUAUUUUUAAUAAAAAUGUUGUUUGUCUAACAAA